UCUGACUGGAGCUGUGUGUUUUAUGCCCGCUCCGCUGUCAAUACCACACCACUAACCCAAAUAUUAAUGCAAUGCAAUGGGAAUAUAGCGAUCAUGGCUAAGAAUCWAAUUUUGUUAAUUAUUCUCGCCCUGGUUUGCAUAUUCGGAACUUAUGAUGCUUUGUGGUGUAACUGCACCACAGCCCAGUGUGAGAAGACUGGCUCCCGGUGUGAGACAGACGGGGCCUGCAUGGCCUCCACGUCCUUCAUCAAUGGGCUGGAGCAGCACAUCCGUAUCUGCAUCACCCGGGACAAACUGGUGCCCCCGGGCCAGCCCUUCUACUGCCUGAGCGCUGAGGGCCUCCUCUACACACACUGCUGCUACACUAACUACUGCAACAGCCUCGACCUCAAAGUAACCUCUGUGACGUCUCGGCCGGGCCUGGGGGGCGUCUUUGGCCUUGAUGGUAAAUGGGGUCCAGUGGAGCUGGUAGCAGUGGUCGCAGGGCCCGUCUGCCUGCUGUGUGUGCUGCUAAUCAUGGGUGUGUUCCUGUUCCAGUACCACCAGCGGGCCUACAGCCACAGGCAGAGGCUGGAGGUGGAGGACCCCUCCUGUGACCACCUCUACAUGGCCAAGGACAAGACCCUGCAGGACCUCAUCUACGACAUGUCCACCUCUGGAUCAGGCUCCGGCCUCCCUCUGUUUGUCCAGCGUACAGUGGCCAGGACCAUCGUGCUGCAGGAGAUUAUAGGGAAAGGGCGUUUCGGGGAAGUGUGGCGCGGCCGCUGGAGAGGAGGAGACGUGGCGGUGAAGAUCUUUUCGUCCAGAGAGGAACGCUCCUGGUUCCGCGAGGCCGAGAUCUACCAGACCAUCAUGCUGCGCCAUGAAAAUAUCCUGGGAUUCAUCGCUGCCGACAACAAAGAUAAUGGCACAUGGACCCAGCUGUGGCUGGUGUCAGACUACCACGAGUACGGCUCUCUGUUUGACUACCUGAAYCGCUACUCCAUCACCAUCGAGGGAAUGAUCAAACUGGCACUGUCUGCUGCCAGCGGCCUGGCACACCUGCACAUGGAGAUCCUGGGCACACAGGGUAAGCCUGGUAUUGCCCACCGGGACCUCAAGUCUAAGAACAUCCUGGUGAAGAAAAACAGUACCUGUGCCAUUGCUGACCUGGGGCUGGCCGUGCGCCACGAGUCCACCACCGACACCAUAGACAUCGCCCCCAACCAGAGAGUGGGCACAAAGAGGUACAUGGCCCCUGAGGUUCUGGAUGAGAGCAUCAACAUGAGGCAUUUUGAUUCGUUUAAGUGUGCAGACAUCUACGCUCUGGGCCUGGUUUACUGGGAGAUCGCACGCCGCUGCAACGCUGGAGGUAUCCAUGAAGAGUACCAGCUACCGUACUUUGACCUGGUGCCCUCUGACCCCUCCAUAGAGGAGAUGAGGAAGCUGGUGUGUGACCAGAAGCUACGGCCCAACGUGCCCAACUGGUGGCAGAGCUACGAGACCCUGCGUGUGAUGGGGAAGAUCAUGAGGGAGUGUUGGUAUGCCAACGGAGCUGCCCGCCUCACCUCCCUGCGCAUCAAGAAGACCCUGUCCCAGCUGAGUGUCCAGGAGGACAUCAAAGUCUGAGAGGGCCCUAUCCCAAAGAACUGAGGAGAGCACUGGGGACUCUGUCCUGCACUAAAGAAUACUGAGAGAGAUAGAUAGAGGGACAGGGUCUUUUCAAAGAACUCACAAGCUAACGAAAGAAAAUGUAAACAAAA